CUGCUGUCGCGUUCACUGUAGCUGAAAGGAUGAGAGAUCUGAAAACAUCAGAGGAGACGACUGUUGAAAAACGGCUUGCAGGAACAUUCUUUUUCUCGCGCACGAACACGAACCGCCGCACGACUGAAUAUUUCUUCGCGACCCUCGCCUAUCAGCUUGCCAGGAAUUUCUCCUGCCUCCGGACUGACAUAUGCAAAGCUAUCAUUGAAAAUCCCGCCGUUUUAGAGCCCGACAGUUCCCUUCGCGACCAGAUGGAGGCAUUGUUUCUCCGACCUCUCCGGCAGCUUUGUAAAAAACGGGAGAAUUGUCUACCUCUGUCGUUCGUCAUUGACGCCCUUGAUGAAUGCACCUCUGAAGCGGAGCUCACUGAACUCAUCUCCCUGCUAGGCAAAGCUCUUCAUAAAUCUGAUCUGCCCAAACUUCACAUUCUGCUCACUAGUCGAAGCACAUGUUCGUGAAGCAAUGGAGGAUGAAGAGGUGCAUCCGCUGGUGUGCGAGAUACCAGUGAAAACCUCUGGGGAUGGGGUGCCUGACAUCAUCUCCUUAGACGGCACAGACGUCGAUAACGAUAUCUAUGUUUUCUUGAAUCAUUCCUUCACAAACCUGCGACGUCAUCGUCCCGAUUUCCCGCAGCCAACGAGGGACCAACUAGUGCAGUUAGCAACCCGAGCGGGCAGACGUUUCAUCGUGGCGUCUACGAUGAUGAAGUUCAUCGACGAUGGAUACAAUGAUCCCCGAGGUCGGCUUCAGAUCAUGCUUGACCUGACGAGCCACCUGCUACCCGGCACGGAGGCAUACAAAUUAUACGACCGCAUUCUCUCAAGCACAUUUCAGCCAUGGACCGCGGUGGAAGUCGUCGAUAAGUUGAAAGUUGGACGUGAGGAGUACUAAGUUGACUCCGGUUUGAAACACGAUAUGCUGUAUCCGUAAAAUUACGGGUAGUCUGUCGUGGUAAGGGAC